CAUUUUUUUAUCUGUCAGUGUGUUCAUGUCACCACUAUCAUUUUCUUUAUCUUUAGCAUAAAGUUACAAUGUUACAGUUUUGGUAAAGAAAAGAAUAAGAAUUACAUCUUUUAGGUUUCAUUAAAUUACAAGUUAUGUCCUUUGUAUAUGCGGGAUUUCAGAAAUUACGCUGUUGUUUAAAUGCAAGAUUUUAUUGCAGCGUAACUGUUACUAAACGACGAAGAAUGAGAUCCAAAACAGACAUGGAAUUGAAAAGCAGAGAGAACCCGAUUGUGAUUAAAUUGGACAUUGAAAAGAUCAAAGACAUAUUUACGCCAGAAGCUUUAGAUCUGAAAAGGUUUUUUGAUCAGUAUCAAUAUGAAUUACGAGUAGCAGGGGGUGCUGUGAGAGAUUUGUUGAUGGGUCUCAAACCAACAGACCUUGAUUUUGCCACAACAGCCACCCCUCAACAAAUGAAGGAUAUGUUUACUGCUGAAGGGGUUCGUAUGAUCAAUAUGAAUGGUGAGAAACAUGGGACAAUCACACCCAGGAUCAAUGAUAAGGAAAACUUUGAGGUCACUACCCUUAGAAUAGACAUGGUGACUGAUGGCCGGCAUGCAGAAGUGGAAUUUACCACAGACUGGAAACUCGAUGCUAAUAGAAGAGAUCUCACAAUAAACUCUAUGUUUUUAGGUUUUGAUGGCUCUGUAUACGAUUAUUUCUUUGGUUAUGAAGAUUUGCAAAAAAGAAGGGUAGCCUUUGUUGGAGAUCCUGAUGUCAGAGUCAAAGAAGAUUAUUUGAGGAUAAUGCGAUACUUCAGAUUUUAUGGAAAGAUUGCUAAAUCACCAGAUGCCCAUGAAGAAGAAACAUUGAAAAUAUUGAAAAAUAACGCUGACGGACUGCAAAAUGUAUCCGGGGAAAGAAUUUGGGUAGAACUUAAAAAAACACUGCAGGGAAGAUUUGCCGGAAGCUUGUUAAAGAUAAUGCUAGAAGUUGGAUUGGGAAAGAAUAUAGGGCUACCUGAACAACCCAAUGUGGAAGAACUUGACAGAGUCCUAAAGAGGGCCGACCACUUGCAUUUACAUCCAAUCACAUAUUUAGUGGCUCUACUGAAAGAUAUGGAUGAAGUUACAGUGCUCCACAACCGAUUGAAGUUCUCUGGAUAUGAUAGAGACCUUGCCUAUUUUUUGGUAGAACAUAGAGGUGAUAAAGUCCAUGACAAACCAUUGUUGCCAUAUGAGAAAUUAGUUUUAAAUACAAAGAUAAAACAAAAGGAUGCAGUAGAGUAUGUCAAAGAAGUAUUAAAAUAUAGAGGAGAUGAAAAUCUUUUAGAGAAAUUCAAUAAAUGGGAAAUUCCAAGGUUUCCUGUCAGUGGAAAAGUUCUAAAGGACAACAAUGUGCCACCUGGGAAGAUGUAUGGAAUUAUCAUAAGCAAAUUAAAAGAAAUUUGGGUAGAUAAUGAAUAUGCACAAACAGCAGAUGAUUUGGUGAAGUUUCUGCCAACUGUCAUGGAAGAACUUGAGAGAAAAAAGAAAAUAAAGCAAACAAGUCAAACUUCUUUUGCAUAAAGGAAAUGUGUCAUUGAUUGCUGUAUUUACCUUACUUUGCAAAGUGUUAACUGGCACUCCCCUAAGGUUGGCUAAUCUCUGCUGCAACUCUGCAUCAGAAGUAGAAGG